ACGUGACAUACACUGUGUAUAAACGCAAACUUGGACAUAAUCGACGUGCAAGAAAACAGUCAAAUGCUACAGGCACAAGGACCAAACCGAAUCAUAUUCGACCGGUGGUUAUGUCGUUGGGAAUAACGUGAAAGCUCUGGUCGGACUGGAGGCGGUUUAUCGGAAAUUAUCCCGGUGUGACCUCUCGCGCUGAUCACGGCAAACUAGUAGUAGUUUUUUACCGUGGAAAGGACGAAGUAGCGCACCGAAGCAAAGUCAAUCGUUGCGUGUUUUAGUUUCUUUAUCAUCGAUUCUUCGGGACGAUUAGACGAGGCGUAUUUCAUCAGAGCAACCAUUUGCUGAAUAAAAAAAUCAAGAGAACAUCUAACCAUGCCGUUUGGACACCACCACCACCACCAUCACCACCAUCCUCCUCCCCAUCGUCAUCAUCACCAUGGUCCUGGUCCUGCCCUUGGCUUCAUGGCAGGGGCGGCCUUAGGGGCCGGGGCCGCAGCCGCUGCCAGUGCAAGCCGUCAGCCGCCCCCACCGAGGACUGUUGUCAAGGAGGAAAAGACAGUUGUUUACGUGACCAACCCUCCGCCGCCUAGCUAUCCGACUGGAACCGCACCACCGCCCCCACCGCAGAGCUACCCGUACCCCCAACAAGGCUACCCACAGCAACCCCCACCAGCAUAUCCGUACCCGCAGAAUCCACCCCCAGUCGUUUAUCCGCAACCACCUCCACCAACUUCUGGAUACCCGCAACCACCUCCAGUCAGUUACCCGGGAUCGACUUAUCCGCAUUAGUAUCACGGACGGGUUUUGAGGAUCUGCGACUAUAAUGUUUCUGCCGCAGAUGGCGUUCAACUACAAGCCGGAUUGUCCACAACGGGAUAAUGUAUAAUUAUGAAAUCCUUUCCUUACUGAAUCCACAGCAAUUCAAUUUUGUCUAAUUCCGUGUAGGCCACAAUAAGGGAAGGCAAGGAACAUCAAUAUAUAUUUUCUUAACGUUAGGCCUAAGUCAUGAAAGUGAAGUUAUCAUCCUUUCCAAAUUUUGGGUGUGUGUAUCAGUGUGUGUGUGGGUCGGGGUACUUUGUGGGCGAGCGCAUUAUCUAGUCAAGCUCUUCAGGUUAUUUGUACAUGUUUUCAAAACGAGAUAAAAAAAAAAUCAGGGUAAAGAUCAAAUGAGAGAUGGAGGGGAGGGCGAGAGAGAGAGACAGAGAUGGUGCAAAGGGGGGGGGGGCUGCUUGACCAAUAGGGACAAGAAAGAGGGGGUGGAGAGAGAGAGACAGGCAGACAAAAAAAAGAGGAAAUAGAGAGGGGGUCUGCCUCGACAAAAAAAAAAAAUAACUACAAAAAUUUGGUUUGGGUCAGGCCAUAUUGUAUUGUACGAAGCUUUUAAAAAAACGCAUUUAUAUUCUGUGUAUCGCCCACAUAAAAUUUCAUUUAUGAUAAUAGUAUGUCGCUGUACAAUACUUUUUUAUAUAAAUAAUUUUUGUAGUGAAAAAAAAUAUUGCCAUUUAGUAUACGGGAUAAUGAUUAUUUUUAAAGUAAUUGUUACAGUCUUUAUAGUCAGCCUUUAUAGUCAGUUGUAAUGCUUGGGCAUUGGUUGCAUUUUAUAAUACUCAUAAUAUUAUUUGCAUGAUGUAAAGAUAAGUUAUACCUUAAAGAUCGUUCUCUUUUUUAUAUUAUGUAGAUGGCUAUCAGCGAUUAUUGUUAUUGGCCUCGAUCAAAGUUCGAGAUACGAUUUGCGAUGAUAAAAGGGGUUAAAAUAAGUUGUUUGAUCAUUCUAAAACCCUGUUUAAACAAGAUUGUCAUUAUACAACUAGUUGUACAGUUUGUAAACAGUAUUAUUGUAAUCAUAUUUCCCAGUAGUGAAGGAUUCAAUAACACUUUGUAAUAUUCAUAAAUAUUUUCAAUUAUCAUCUAUUGAACUUUUCAAUACUUUUGCUGUAUAUGUAUUUGGACCAAAGAAAUAAAGAAAACGCUAUACACGCCUAA